CGCGCUGGCCAUGCUUCUGGACGCCGGGCCGCAGUUCCCGGCCAUCGGGGUGGGCAGCUUCGCGCGCCACCAUCAUCAUUCGGCCGCCGCGGCAGCUGCGGCGGCCGCGGAAAUGCAAGACCGAGAACUGAGCCUGGCAGCGGCACAGAACGGCUUCGUAGACUCAGCCGCUGCGCACAUGGGAGCCUUCAAGCUCAACCCCGGCGCGCACGAGUUGUCCCCUGGCCAGAGCUCUGCAUUCACGUCGCAGGGCCCCGGCGCCUACCCGGGUUCCGCUGCGGCCGCCGCUGCAGCAGCAGCGCUCGGGCCCCACGCGGCGCACGUUGGCUCCUACUCUGGGCCUCCCUUCAACUCUACCCGAGACUUCCUAUUCCGCAGCCGUGGCUUCGGGGACUCCGCGCCGGGCGGCGGGCAACAUGGGCUCUUCGGACCAGGCGCGGGCAGUCUUCACCACGCGCACUCGGACGCGCAGGGCCACCUCCUCUUCCCUGGUCUCCCAGAGCAGCAUGGGCCUCACGGCUCGCAGAAUGUGCUCAAUGGGCAGAUGCGCCUCGGGCUGCCUGGCGAGGUGUUCGGGCGCUCAGAGCAAUACCGCCAGGUGGCCAGCCCGAGGACCGACCCCUACUCGGCCGCUCAGCUCCACAACCAGUACGGCCCCAUGAAUAUGAACAUGGGUAUGAACAUGGCAGCUGCCGCGGCCCACCACCACCAUCACCACCACCACCCCGGUGCCUUUUUCCGCUACAUGCGGCAGCAGUGCAUCAAGCAAGAGCUCAUCUGCAAGUGGAUCGACCCCGAGCAGCUGAGCAACCCCAAGAAGAGCUGCAACAAAACUUUCAGCACUAUGCACGAGCUGGUGACCCACGUAUCCGUGGAGCACGUUGGGGGCCCGGAACAGAGCAACCACGUCUGUUUCUGGGAGGAGUGUCCGCGCGAGGGCAAGCCCUUCAAGGCCAAAUACAAACUGGUCAACCACAUCCGCGUGCAUACGGGAGAGAAACCUUUUCCCUGCCCCUUCCCGGGCUGCGGCAAGGUCUUCGCGCGCUCUGAGAACCUCAAGAUCCACAAAAGGACCCACACAGGGGAGAAGCCUUUCCAGUGUGAGUUCGAGGGCUGCGACCGGCGUUUCGCCAACAGCAGCGACAGGAAGAAGCACAUGCACGUCCACACCUCCGAUAAGCCGUAUCUCUGCAAGAUGUGCGAUAAGUCCUACACCCACCCGAGCUCCCUGCGCAAGCACAUGAAGGUCCAUGAGUCCUCCCCGCAGGGCUCCGAGUCUUCCCCGGCCGCCAGCUCUGGCUAUGAGUCGUCCACUCCCCCGGGGCUGGUGUCCCCCAGCGCCGAGCCCCAGAGCAGCUCCAACCUGUCGCCGGCGGCGGCGGCGGCAGCGGCGGCGGCGGCGGCAGCGGUGUCUGCGGUACACCGGGGCGGAGGCUCCGGCGGCGGCUCCGGUGGUGGCUCCGGCAGCAGCGGGGGCGGCGGCGGGGCGGGCGGCGGGGGCGGCGGCAGCUCUGGCGCGGGCAGCGGGACAGCUGGGGCCCACAGCGGCCUCUCCUCCAACUUCAAUGAAUGGUACGUGUGAGUGCCCGGGGCCUCUCUCCCUGUCCCAGUCCCUGUCCCUAGCCCAGGCGCUGUGCCCAGGGUGUACCUUGUGAUCGUGUUGUUAAAAUGUGAUUUUUAUGAUGAUGAAAAUGAUUUUACCAGCUGAAGGAUUUUUAAAAAGUUUUUUUUUUCUUUUUUUAAAGAAACAAAUCUAGGCAUGAAAGAAAAAAAAAUCUCUUAUGGAGUCUUUGAAGCUGAACAUAUAAAAAUAUGAAAUAAAAAUGAAAGAAUAAAAACAUACAAAUAUUCAACCAAACCCUCCUGCCAAACCCCCAUUCUUACUGUCCUUCCCACUUGGUCCUGAGUCUUCUGACAAACUGUACAUAGUGGACUCCUUCCUCCUCCGAGGUGAUUUUUAAUGGGUUCUUGGUGUAUAGAAGUUUGUCCAUUUGUAAACUCCGGAUUUCGUUCCUUCCUCCCUUUCCCUUUCCUUCCCUUCCCCAAGUGAUGGGCUUUUUCUUUCCUUUCCUUUCCUUUUUUUUUUUUUUUAAAGCUUAUCUGGUUUCUUUUUUAAGUAAUGUGGAAGAAAAUGGUUUAUUUUGUACUGUGGUAUUGAAUAUUGUGUUCCUUUUUAUAAGCCAACUUGAUUGUAAACUUCAUGCAACUAUAGACUGGGGGGAAAAAAGCAAGCCGUGCCAAAGUCUCCCUUCUGUUUCUUCAACACACCACCCCAUCGCACACACCACCAACAAUGCUUGUGAAUGUAUUUUUCUGUUAGCUGGGUUUACAUGUGAUGUUUUAGUGCUUUUGCAAGUUCAGUUUGUUAGUUCCUGUAUGAAAGAUUGUGGGGGAAAAAAUAAACGUCGUGCCGUUAGCUUUUUCCGUAAUAACACCCUUCCUUCUGUAAAUACCCGUUACCAUAUUUAUCCAUUUGUAAUUAAAUUAUGGUAUUAACUUGCUACAGAGGAAACAAUAUUUAUAAAGAAUGUUUCUUAACUAUAAAUAUGUACAAUUGUGGGCAUAAACUUGUUCAGAUUUUUUAUUUGAAGGUUUUAAGUGGUUUGAUCAUUCUUGUGAUAUGUUUUGAGAGUAAUGCAUACAGAAAUAUAAUAAAAUGUGUUGAAACUGCA